GAUUGCGGCCGGCUGAGAGGGGCUGCUGGCCAGGCCCCCCGCGUCCAACUCCACCAUGAGCGAACUGGAGCAGUUGAGGCAGGAGGCGGAACAGCUGCGCAACCAGAUCAGGGACGCCAGGAAAGCAUGUGGAGAUUCCACGCUGACCCAGAUCACAGCUGGCCUCGAUCCGGUGGGCCGGAUCCAGAUGCGGACGAGGCGCACAUUACGGGGUCACCUGGCGAAGAUCUACGCCAUGCACUGGGGGACAGACUCCAGGCUGCUGGUUAGUGCCUCCCAAGACGGGAAACUGAUCAUUUGGGACAGCUACACCACAAACAAGGUCCACGCCAUCCCUCUGCGGUCGUCGUGGGUGAUGACUUGUGCCUACGCCCCAUCCGGGAACUACGUGGCCUGUGGCGGCCUGGACAACAUCUGCUCCAUCUACAGCCUCAAGACCCGGGAAGGGAACGUCCGGGUCAGCCGCGAACUCCCUGGGCACACAGGCUACCUCUCCUGCUGCCGAUUUCUCAACGACAACCAGAUCAUCACCAGCUCCGGAGACACAACGUGCGCCCUGUGGGACAUUGAGACGGGCCAACAGACCACCGCCUUCACGGGCCACAGCGGGGACGUCAUGUCGCUCUCUCUGGCCCCCGACAUGCGGACCUUUGUCUCGGGCGCCUGCGAUGCCUCCAUCAAGCUGUGGGACAUCCGGGACAGCAUGUGCCGGCAGACCUUCACGGGGCAUGAAUCCGACAUCAACGCCGUCUGCUUCUUCCCCAACGGGAACGCCUUCACCACCGGCUCGGACGACGCCACCUGCCGCCUCUUUGACCUGCGGGCCGACCAGGAGCUCAUGAUGUACUCUCACGACAACAUCAUCUGCGGCAUCACCUCCGUGGCCUUUUCGCGGAGCGGGCGCCUCCUCCUGGCCGGCUACGACGACUUCAACUGCAACAUCUGGGACUCCAUGAAGGGCGACCGGGCGGGGGUCCUUGCCGGCCACGACAACCGCGUCAGCUGCCUGGGUGUGACGGACGACGGGAUGGCCAUCGCCACCGGCUCCUGGGACAGCUUCUUGAAAGUGUGGAACUGAGCCCACUUGCUCUGGCUUGGGGGGGGGGGUACGGUGUGGGGAGGGAGAAAAGCAGGAGGGAAAGCCCUUGACGUCCCCCCUUUCCCCCCCCAAUAAUCCAGCCUCUUCCCCCUUCUCCCCCGCCGCCUUGAAGGGGGCCCUGUGGCCUUGAACCCCACAAACACUCUCUCCCCCCCCCAACUUUUUGUCGUCCUUUUUAUUUUCCCCUGCUCUCGUUUUUAAAAUGAUGCCCCGGCCGAGCCAGAUUUCCGGCACGGAGGAGGAGGAAGAGGCUGAUUUCUCUAGCGGUAACACACUUAUUUUUUGCAGGGGGGGCCCUGUCUUGGCCUCGGUUUAAAGAAAGGGUUGGGGGCUUAUUGUUAGGGUUGAAGGGGUCCAAGGUGUGCAGCUGUCUCUCCUCCUCUCAAGAAGCAAAAUUUGGGGGGGGGGCGAGGGAGAAAGAGAGCCAAGGCCAUCCCAUAACGGUUUCUAGACAUGGCAGCAGCAUCCUUUAUCCAGGGACCAGGAGCUGAGUUUACCUUUUUGCAGGGGAAGGAAAUUUGCAGGGGAGGCAGAGAGACUCCUAAUUCUUCCUCUCUCUCUAUGCCCAAGAGAUGCUUACUCCCCUUUAUUCGCAAGCAGGGGAGGCCCCGAUCCGAGGCAGGCCCAAAUCUGCAGUGUGGCAACCUUUCGUGUCCUAUAUUUCCCUCACUUCCCACUCCCCCCCCCCCCGUCUUUCAACAUCCUCCUUCCCAGUGGUGCUUUCAAGGAAUUCGUGGCAGCCGCAGCCGUGGCCUUGUUUCCUCCUAAUCCGUGGCUGGUUUUUGUAAAAAAAUAAAAAAAGAGGAGCGUGGCGGCGCUGGGGGACCCCCGCCCUGCCCCGGCCGUGGUGGUGAGGGGUCCGUGUGUAAACCUGUAAACAACAGAAAACCAA